AUGGCAAUCCCCGAAUCUCUCAUGAAAGAUAAUUACUCUAUUCCGGUGGAUAAUUCGCCGGAGAAGGCGGAGGAGAACGGUUAUGUUCAGGAUAAACCUAGUUUUACGUCUUCCUCUGCUAAGAAAACUUCUGGAAGUAGCAAAGAUGAAGCCUUCUUUGAUACAAAUCAAUGGUUACAAUCCGAUUCUGAAGAUGAUUUCUUCAGCGUCAAUGGAGAGUUCACUCCUUCACGUGGAAACACUCCAAAGUGUAGUUUUUCAGAUAAACAUCCUCGUUUCCACAACCCUUUGUUCGAAGAAGAGAAGCCUCGAGCAGCAUCGUUUUCAUAUGCUCCAGCACCACGAAGGAAGAAACUAGCCGAGCUUUUCAGAGAGAGUGUAAGAGAACAACGAGAAGUAAUUUUUGAAGAAUCAUUAGAAAGUCAAAGUGAAGAAAGUAAAAAAUCAUCUGGUGAUAACUCUGGUGAGCUCGAUGUCAUUGAAAAUUCUGAAAAGGAUAAAUCUAUGAAUAACCAUCAUCGAUGUCUUCCUAGAUUAUCUGCUUUAAAGGGAAAUUUAAUGGAGAAGAGAAAGAAGAAGAAGAAAAAAAUUCAUAUGACAUAACACUGAAAUUUUGAAUCUUUUUUUAUUUAUGAUCAAAAAUGUGAAAACUUCAGCUCUAAAUAAUUUUAUUCUGGUUAUAUAUUCUUGCUGAUUUGGUAUGAUGAAUAACACGACAAAAAAAAAUCAUUUCGAGGAACAGAAGUUUUGUACGAUUUUAAUGUUAGUUUUUAAUCAUUUGCUGGUCAAAUUUGUAUCGGCUAAAGUUUUUUUUUUGGGUUUAGAUUAGUGGCACCGGCAAUUCUAAUCAAAAUUGUUGGUUUUUUGAGAAAAUUAUAUAUUAUUGAGUCAUUUGGGGUGUAUAUACAAAAUAAUUAGGUAUCCAUGCAAAAUUUAAAAGUAUUUGCAAAAGUGCUAAGAGAAAUGGGGUAAAAUUACAAAUCAGUUUUUAAAUAUCUAACGGUAGAUGUUCGAAACAAAAUAAUAAGAAAAUUAAUACAAGAUCGUAUGUCAGAUAUCAGGAUACUACAGAAUACAAAUCCUUAAAGAAAAAGCUUGGGCCAUCAGUGGUCACAGGUCACAAAGGGAACAACACCAUCCCUGGUCAAAUACGCCGGAGUCGGAAAAGGGAAUUCCCAAUAUGGAAUUUUGAGAAAGUUGUUUAUGAAACAGGUUGAAGGGUGUGUCGGAAAGUACACAAAACAUGACAUUGGUGAGUGCGUUGGGAGGAUCUGGUGGUUCCGGCAGUUCAAGCGGUGAGAGCUUCAAGCGGCACAAGAGGAGACCAACACGUCGGUGGAUCAGGAG